AUGGGCGGUGGCUGCAUACGCCACGAGCAGUAUAUGCGCCUCUUCUGUGCCCGGACGUGCAACUUCUGCGACAGACCGGAGGAUGAGCUGCAGGUGUCGCAGGCCCUAGUCGCCGGUGAGCUGGUUGGACUCCUGAAAGCACGAGGUGUCCGGAGAUGGACCUUUUUCGAACUGCCCGUGAUCAACGUUUCGAGCUGCCCUGGUGGCCCGGAAGAGUCGGUGGAGGACGCCUGCGCGGCGUCCGCCCCCGAGGCAUCGUUGAGGAGCCACGUCGCCUCGGCACGUUUCUACGACAGCCUCAGCCACGACCUGAACAGCAGCGUUUACCGUUGGCAGCCCGGGAGCUCCAGCUUCGAGCUACACCAGGCUCUUCCCACGCGAGGCGCCUGGGCUCUGACGUCCUUCCGCCUCUCCGGAGAGGUCUUCUUGGCCGUGGCGAGUUUCUUCGAUGGUGCCAGCCGCAAGUUGAGCAGCCGCCUGUAUCGCUGGGAUGUGGGUCUGGACAUGUUCGUGUGGCAUCAGGACCUGGCCACCGAGGGUGCGAAGGACGUGGAGUUUUUGCGGCUCUCCGACUCUCUUGGGGUCUUGGCCUUCGCCGAAAACAGCGCCAACGACAGCGUCGGAGAGUGCCGCCUUUUUCUCUGGCGGCCGGCGCAGAAGCAGUUCGAGCUGCUGCAGGUGCUGGCCACCUCCGGGGCUUCGGACGUGGAGGCCUUUGAGCCGCAGAGCGGGGAGAAGGGCUUGCUCGUGGUGCACGAGGAGCUUCUGCCCAUCUCCUGUUUUUCAGGGAGUCCCCAGAGUGGGGAUGUGGGCGUUCCCACGGGAACUUCUGAGCCAGAUUACCAGGCAGCCUUGAGUCAGGAGGACAGUGAGCAACCUUCUGCAUCUGUACGCUUUGGAGAAAUGUCUCCGGGCACACUGGAGCAGGGCGGUGUAUCGGUUGAAAUGGAGGUUCCAACAAGCCGGUUGGCCGCGAGUCCUUUCCACUCUGACAAAGUGAAAUCAGAAAUUGAGCUCCUCAAUUCGAGACCGGCCACACUUGACAAUGACGGUAGGGAACCGGACUAUUCAAUUACUGGUCCGGGACUUUGUGAUGGAGUUCCUAGGCUGGCCAGAGUCGAGAUGACCGGGGCGGUGGUCGGCCUAAUCAGCCUGCUGUUGAACCAGAGGCUGGACGUGGCUGGGAAGCGACUGGGAAGGGUCGUGGUACAAAUCCUGGAGACGGGGCUGGACCUGCAAACACCUUUUCUGGUGAGCAACCUCAGGCUUCGGCUGGCUUUGGAUCCGUCUACGGUUGUUGCGAGCUAUGACCUGUAUAAGUAUCAGAGAGUGGAGGAGCUUAUCACCAACCGUUGGAUGAGUAGUGCUGCCAUUCUUUAUCGUAUUCUCUGCGUUUAUCAGCCUGGAGGAUCCAUGGAUCUUAUUCGUGCACGGGAGGUGCAGGCGACUUUGCCCGACCCGAGUCUGCUCCUGAAGGGAAUAGCCCUGAAGGUUCCAGAAUAUGUUCAGAUGCCGGAUUUCUUUGAGGUUGAUGGAAGCCGCGUAUGGCUUGAGGUUGCAGACUUAACCGAGCGCAAGGCUUUGCUGGCAAAGCUAACUGAGGUGACUACGGUGUACUCUUUGAGUGUAGACAUUGCGGGACCGUUCAAAGAGGGUCGCAGCUUUGAUCCAAUUUCCUCCGGACGGGAUCGUGGGCGCGGCUACAAAUACUUUAUUGCUGCGGCAUACUCGGUACCGUUGAAUCCUGAACUGCGGCCUGUGUUGCAUCCGUCUGAAGACCUUGAUGAGUAUUCUCCUUCGGAGUGUGAACCGGAGAUUGGGAGCGCUGGGCCUAUACCUGCUGAGAUUUCUGAGGACUUUGAUGAGUUGUUGGAUAGAUUGGAUAGGCAGGCCACCGGGGCGGAGUUUGCCCAAGCGGGAGAGCUCGAAGGUGCGUCGUCGAACGCUGUUAUGGGACAAGUCCAAGCAUUGGUUAAUAGGCUAGAGUCCUUCGGUUAUCCUGUCCACCGCUACUUUGCUGAUCGUGCUAAAGAGCUGAGGAGCCAUUCGUUAAUCCAGUGGUUUCGGGAACGUGGUGUGCAUGCUUCUUUCACAGCUGGUGAAGAUCCGGCUGGCAAUAAAGCAGAAGUUGGAGUCCAGCACCUGAAACAGGAUGCCAGGAAACUUCUCCGUGUGGCAGAUCUGCCCACGGAGUUUUGGCCUUUUGCAGUUCUUCACGUCUCGCAGCGUAAUUUUGUGCAAUUGGCUGAAGCCUUGGGAGUUGGACAGGCUGUGCUUUUGCCCUUUGGGACGUUGCUGCAUGCGCGUAAGCGUUUAAAGACGGGUCAUAAGAAGCACUGGGAAGCGAGAACGGUUCCAGGCAAGUACCUUGGUGUUGCUACUGAUUGUGCUGGGGGACACUUGGUCUUGAUUCAGGAUGGUUCGGAGCAGCGUGUUUUACUUACCAAUACGGUUUAUCCUGUUGACGGCUCCACUGGGCAUGGGGUUGAGAUUGAGCAGCCUGAGUUUGGUUUUGAGCCCGAGCCCCCUUCCUCCGGAGAGGAAGCUUCUGACUGUGAUUUUGGUGUAAUCUCCGACGAGGAGGGUUCAAGCGAACUUUGCAUCGAUGGUGCGACCGUGAAGAUUCUCUCAGGGGUGUCUGGUACUUGGUUGACAGAUAAAUUAGAAGCUGGGGUGUUUAGCACUGAAGAGGCUUUGGAGGAUAAUGGUGAUUUGGUGCGAUACCUGAACAAGUUCGUUCGGGCUCAGGGCUGCGAACAUCCGUAUACUACUCUGUAUCUCUCCCGUGAUGCUUCUACUCCUCUACAUCAGGAUGCCAGGAACGAGAGAAUUGUGCCGGUUUGGGUUAUCGCUCUUGGGGAGUUUCAAGGUGGUGGCCUGUGGGUAGAGGGUUCCGAAGGCCAGGGUCCUGUUUUGAGACAGUUGCCGGGUGGUGACGUAAGGGCAGGCUUUGUAAGGGACAUUCAUGAUAACCCGUAUGUCUUUAGCGGUCAGCUAUGGCAUUGUGCCGAACCUUGGUGCGGCAAGGACAGAUGGGUAAUUGCUGCUUAUGCUCCUCGGGGUGCGGGAAAGAUCCUUGAUAAGUACAUUCACGAGCUUGAGGAUGAUGCGGAGUUAGGUUGCGAUGUGGAGCGUGAAGGUGCUCAGUGCUUGACCCCUGAGGUGUCCUGGGAGGUUGAGUUUCCACGUGAGGUUUUGAAACCCGGUUGGCGUGAGCAUGCUUUGAGAAAUCACCUGACUUCGGCCAUUACGUGUAAGGCCCUCUCCAAAGAAAUUAGUAGUUCUGGGGACGACGGGGUCGUCUGUGAAUUGUUUAGGACUUUGAAGUCAGUAGAGUGUCAGCGCGAUUGGUACGAGGGCCUUUUGUGGGAUGACUUUGUGCAGAAUUCCGGGAGUAUGUUGAAGGCCUUGAAUCGAGAUGUUCCGUUGAACCCGGGGGACCAAGCGAGCCCUGCUGAAGUUUUUCUUCAAACUCGAACCGUAAGCUUAGCGGAGGCAAAGGGCGAGUUGACGCUAUGGAUUCCUUCAGCAAAUGAAGAAGUGGUUUCUUUGGAGCAGACCAAUGAGGCUGUAGAGCGCAUUGUCGUGGCAGACAUUGAGCGGUUGAUCCAGGAAGGAAGAAAGGUCACCCAGGUUCCAGGAAAGGCUGUCCUAACGAGGAAGGCUGGCGUUGGUAAGCGUCGGUUCAGGUGUGUGGCGUGUGGGAAUUAUAUCCCCACUGGCUCUCCGGACUCCAACAACCUGUAUGCGAGUGGGGUAGAAAGCUUGACGGUGAGAACUGCCAUAAGCUACGCUGCCUAUCGGGAUUGGUCUGCCUUGAGUGCUGAUAUACGGACAGCUUUCCUUCACGCGCCGCUAGAUGGGGAAUUGGAAGCAGAAGAGGUAAUUAUAGUUAGGCCACCAUCCAUCCUCGUUGAAAUGAAAAUCCUUUUGCCCAACCAUCGUUGGCGUGUGCGGAAGGCACUCUACGGCUUGAGACAAGCUCCGUUGGCAUGGGCCCGGUUUCGGGAUAAAUCAUUGCGAACUUUGACCUUUCAGUGUGAUGGUACAUGGUACGCGUUGCAGCAGGGUAUAAGUGAUGAUUCGCUCUGGUUUAUUGUCAAACGUGAGACCGCCGAGAAUGACACAGGACGUUGGCAUGGUAUCUUGAUAAUUUACGUCGACGACCUUUUGGGUUUUUCUACAUCGCCGAUUCUUAGUGCUCUCUUUGAUGAGAUUCAGAAGUUGUGGAAGCUUUCUGAUCCAGAGUGGAUUCGAGAGGAAGCGGCCACGAAGUUCUGCGGGCUAGAGAUCCAGGCUCUUAAGGGAGGAGGGUUUCGCAUAUCCCAAGUUUCUUAUCUUCAGGAGCUUUUCGCGAGAUACGAUAUCACAAGCAGUGCGAGCGCGCCUCUUAGCCAUUGGGCUGAUCCGGAAGACGAACAGCAGGUGCAGCUGGAGACUAUUCGGAAUGCACAGGCCAUGACCGGAGCACUUUUGUGGGCUUCGUCGAAAUCCAGGCCCGAUGUGGCUUUUGCUGUUAGUAAGCUUGGUCAGUUCGCCGUGAAAGCGCCUAGUCUUGUGAUUGAGAGCGCGUAUCAGGUGUUGCGAUAUCUGUAUGGUACUGCAGAUUUAUGGCUUGAAUACCAGAAACCAGGAGACAAUUCCUGGGUCGAUACACCUGUUCCGCGUACCUUGAAUACUCUUGAGUUGUACAGCGACGCUUCGCACGCUCCAGGUGGUGGACGCUCUUGUCAAGCGAUUGUCAUCCUAUGGGGAGGCAAUGUUAUCUGUUGGGAAUCCAGUCGUCAGCCCUUCGUGACUCUGUCGUCGGCAGAGGCAGAGUUAGUUGCUCUCACUACUGGAUUCGUUGCUGCAGAGUCCGUUGGCGGCAUCAUCGAGGAGAUGACGGAGUCCGACAUAACCAUCUCAGCAUUAUGCGACAACCAAGCUGCUGCUCGUUCCUUCUCUAUUGGAAGCCAAGGCUGGCGUAAUCGCCACCUUAGAAUGCGCGCUGCCAGUGGCAGAGAGCGCAUCGAACUUGGAUCCCUGGUUGUGACCUACGUUCCAGGAUCGAUUCAACUGGCCGACAUUGCCACGAAGGCCUUAGCCCGAACGAGGAUUCUUGAACUUGCCGAACUUAUGAAUAUGCGGUCGAGACUUUUGCAAACCAGCGCUGAUGAUUCGAUUCGUGUAGUCAGUAGGUUGUCCUUGAGCUUUGACUCCUCAGGAGCUGUUUCCCCUCGCACGCUAGCAGGACUUGCGCUAGUUGCCGUGUUAUCCGGAGCGGAGGCUCAACCUAGCUCGCCGGUUGAUGAAAGACUGGGAUGGGCGUUGUGGGCUUUGGGUUUUAUGAUCGGUCUGAUCUUGGUUGCUUGGGCUCAGUGGUUCUUUGACUUCGGUCUUGGAGGGUUUGGGAAUGGAGAACAGCCGCAGACCGCUGCUGGCCAAACCGUCGGUUUAGAGACUUCUGAGGCGUCUGCUGAGGUCCCACGGGAUGCUGAGGUUUUUCAGGGCUUGAACGAGGCUGCUCAGAGUGGUUCCGAAGGUGCUGAAUCUGAUCAGUUUUCCGAAGCUGAAUGGCUUAAGGCACAACGCAAACUCCAGGAUCAAGAGAUAAAAACAGGACUCACUUUCAUUCAGCGUGUUCGGUUGAGAAGGCAAAUAGCGGCUGGAGGUUUAGUCGAGCCACCUGUUAUGAUGGAGCGCUUUGGAUCCCUCCCUGACUGGAUGACUAGUGCUGAACAGCAACCUUUGCCCCUUUCGAAUCACCAGGUAGGUGGGAGUUCAGGCAGCGGCGAUGUUCCUGUUGGGAUGCCUGUAGCUGUUUGGAGUUUAUCUGUUGGGGACUUCGUUUUCUGUUCUAGGUUCCUGGUUGUAUUUUUGGGUAGCCAGGCAAGGGAGUGGCAUUGUAUGCGGGGUGUUGCUAGGGCCUACAGACGAAGCGCGGUCUUGUGUGUGAUCUGUGGAUUACAAGAUACUGGCGCUGCUCAGGCAAAUGAGACUGGUGUUCCGUUUCAUGCGACGUAUCAAUGGGAUCAAGUAGAGGGUGGUUUUCGGUGGGUUCCGCUAGAGUUUGAGGUUGGUGAUGAGCCGUCACAAGAACCAAGCUCUGGAGCUGCUGAACUUGCAGUUUCGCCACUUGAUUACGAAGAUCUGUUUGAGCAUGAGGCGAAUCCUGUGUUUCCUUACGUUGGGGAUUUUGUUCAUAGGCAUUUUUUGAUUGUUUUACUUUCUGUUGAGGGUGGUCGUAUUCUUGAUUGGUUUGAGGGUGGUGAUGUUGCAAAGUGGCUGAUUUGUUCCAACUUCUGCCGUGUAGCGAUUGUGUGCGCAGCUGCUGAACGACGAAGGCUGCUACCGGGAGGAAUCAUCUACGAGGGUUAUGAUGGCCUCAUGUUAGUGCAGGAGGCUAUUUUAAGUGGUGCCGCUGGGAACAGUGGCAGUCAGCAGUUUCCUCCAUGUCCAAAUGUGCAGAUUGGGGGGAGCAGCAGCAGUCAGCAGUUUCCUCCAUGUCCAAAUGUGCAGAUUGGGGGGAGCAGCAGCAGUCAACAGUUUCCUCCAUGUCCAAAUGUGCAGAUUGGGGGGAGCAGCAGUAGUCAGCAGAUUCCUGAGCCAUUUGAUGCUGCGUUUGCUUAUCUACAAGGUGAUGUUGAAGAACCUCCUGCCAUCCCGAAUCCUUUUGACCUUGAGGACGACCCCACGAUCGAUGAUAGGCCCCAUAGAGACUUUAGGCCCCAGUCUCCUAGAAUAGUACCAAUCUUUUAUGAGGCAGGUUGGUCCUCCUCUGAAAGCGGGGAUUCUACAACCGAGCCAUCGGUAGACUCUGUGUCAAGCAGCGACGCUGCCGUGAGUGAAGACGUGUGGGUUAUUCGUGACGCUGAUGCGAGGAUGCAGCAGGUCGUUGAACCGCAAGCGUUAGGAGCGAAUUUCCAUGCUGAAGAAGGGGUACUUAUAGGGACGUUUGUCGAUGACGAGGUUACGAUUCCUUUUCAGGGUUGGUCACAGGCCGAGGUCGAGACCAUUGUUACAGGGUUGAAUGAAGGGGAUUGGGCUUCGUAUCAUGCGAUGAUGGCACAGACUGGUGAUCAAGGAAGUCAGACAACGCUUCAGGUUCCAAGUUCGCAAGGAGCUGGAUGGGUUGUCAGUGUCGGUGUUGCCCUAGGUCUAGUUGGGGUACUCGUUCAGGACUUGCUGGUGGCUCGCAAGGAGCUGGCGGUAUGUGUCUUGAGGAUGAGCGAGGGUCCAGCGCAGGCCAUGAAGAGAGCUGGAGUCUGUGGCUGUUUGCAGUUGGCGUGGUAG